AUGUAAUCCUAAAAUGAAUAGUUUUGCUAAGAAAUGAGAUAACAAUUAUGCGAAAUAUAGAAUAGAAUAAAUAGAUUAUUACCUUAAAGAAGUAUCAGUCCAAUUAAUAGCCAAACUUCAUCUAUGAUGUCAGAUAAAUCAUAAUAAUCGACACAAUCAAGUUAGUUCAUUAAACUCUAAUAAGAAGAUGAUAUAUAAAAGAAUAUAGCUAAGAUUAACAACAUGAUAAUGGAAAGAAGAUAAAAGACAGAAUAACUGCUAAAAUAUUAAUAUUGA